GAAAGUGGAACCUUUGUGUCGUGUUCUUGUUUAACGUCGGCUGUUAAAAAAGGACGGAAAAGAGCAGCACGUCUGCGCAUGCGCAAAAGAAAGUAGUUACGAAAAUCAUCACUUUCAGCUCGUUUUCCUUUGGGAAAAGCUUCACAGGAGGACAUAAACGGAUCAGAAGGGUGAAAUAAUGUCAGGAGAGGAGGAGGACAGUCAGAUUAAGGAAUUCAAACUCUUGGGGAUCUUGGACGUCCAGAAGACGCCUUGUGCCCGAGACGCCAUCCUACAUGGAGCUGGAGGCUCAGUCGCUGCUGGAGUUCUUCAUUUUCUGGCCACAAGUAGAGUAAAGAGAUCUUUUGAUGUGGGAUUUGCUGGAUUUUUCCUCACCACUCUUGGAUCUUGGUUUUACUGCAGGAUGCGCAACGCUAAGCUACGUGUGCAGCAGAGGCUGAUACAAGAAGGCAUCAAGAACAAGGUUGUGUAUGAAGGAACUGUUCUGGACCCCACGAAGAAACCGAAACCAGAAGCCCCUUCAUCCCCCUCAUGACGAGCUGCACUGAAACUCUCCUCCAGGACUGCUGCUGAACUCUCUAAUUAUGGUGAAAAAAAACUUUUAAGGACGCGUUUUCUCUUGUCUUGAUUUUAAUAAAAAAAAAA